AUGACUUCCCAGCUGUCCCAGCUUGUCUCUCUCAUCUCAAACGCCACCAAAUCCGUAGAGGAUGCCUUCGCAAAGACGGCUAAACCUGACGUCCCUUCGUUGGACGACACCACUCCCCAUCCCUUAGAUGAUCAGGUAUCAUCUACGGAGAUGAGAGAAGCCAUCCAAACGAUAGAGGGCGCAUGCGCUCAGCUCUGCGCUCUCGUUGCUCACCCUAACCGUGCCAUGCUAAACUCCGGUCCUCGAAUGAAAGAACAAAACGCCAACAUGAUCCAUCUCUGCUUCAGAACAGACGAGACAAACAAAGCGGCCGCCAUGCUCACCGAAAACUUGAAGGAUCCGGAUUGGGGACAUUCAUAUUCGCCUGUCCACACUCCUUUCAACUCCUGGAGCAAGUAUCCUGGAACAAUGUUCUCGUGGUAUCAGGGUCCGGGAACAGAUAUCGGAGCUGCGAAAGGCAUCCGUUUCGGGAAGGGAAUGAAAGGAUGGGGUGACUUCCUUGAAACGUCAGCUGUCGUCAAUGCAUUUCCGUGGAGCGAUCUUCGUGAUGGUGCCAUUGUAUGCGAUAUGGGAGGAGGAAUCGGCAUCGUCUCUAUGCAGUUGGUUGAUGCCUAUCCCAACCUGCGCAUCGUGCUUCAAGAUGUACCUGCACAGAUCGAAGUGGCAAAGAACGAAGUUUGGCCAAAGUUCUGCCCAAUGGCUAUUGGCGAAGGGCGCGUAGAAUUCAAAGCUAUGGAUUUCUUUGCGGAAUUACCGGUCAAAGGUUGUGAUGUGUACUUUCUGAAAAAUAUCUUACAUGACUGGCCGGACAAAGAAUGCAAAAUGAUUUUAAGGAAUUUGGUGAACGCUAUGUCGGCGAAUAGUCGUCUGCUAAUCAACGACUACAUCAUUCAGCAUGUGAAUAGAGACGGCAACACGCCCGGGUCGGUAUCAGAUCUUAAGCUAGCGCCGGAACCUCUUCUGCCCAACUACGGUGCGGGGGGCAUGACCCAGUACAACAUGGAUCUGGCAGUUAUGUGCUUGUUCAACAGUCAAGAGCGCACUUUGGAGCAUUUCAUUGAACUGUGCCAGGAGGUUGGCUUGAAGUUUGUGCGUGUAUGGGAUGCAGGGGAGACCAGUAUUGUCGAAUUUCGUUUGGAGUGA